AUGGUGCUGCUGGAAGAAAAUAAACGUCAGGUAAACACAGACUAUGAUACCCUACAAGUUAUUUUAUCUGCUGUUAUGGAGGAGAAGUUAGCUUUGACUAAAGAAAACGAGAAACCUAAAAAGGAAUAUGCAGUGAUUGACUUGGAACUCACCAAAAAACUUUCUGAAGAUAAGAAAAAAUCGUUGAAGUUGGCUUACAAGUUAAACUGCCAAACCCAAGUAAGCCUAAUGAAAGUGAGGACAAAGAAAUGGCGUGACGUGACCACGUCCAAAGCUUCGACGCUCAUCGACGGACCGGGCUUCGAUCCCCGGCGGGUUUCUGUCUUCUACUUCUUCGGUCACAACGAAAGUCCGGACAAUGGCAGUGCUGUUCCCAUUAUCAACGGCUACUUGUCGCGCGGCGACCACAACGUGUGGCUGGUGGACUGGCGGCCGCUGUCGGGGGUGCGCUAUCGCUGCUCCGUGCUCGGCGUCCCGGACGCGGCCCGCCACGUCGCUGCCGCCAUCCACAGCCUGGGCCUCCCCGAGCGGAAGGUCCACCUCGUCGGUCACAGCAUGGGCGCGCAGCUGGCCGCCUCUGUCGGAAAGCUGUUCCGGGGACGCCUGCACAGGAUCACAGCAUUGGACCCCGCUCUGCCACUCUUCAGCAUCCUGUCGCAUGUCACUUCCAUCAGCGCUGAAGAUGCACAAAACGUUGACGUCAUCCACACGGAUGGUGGGAUAUACGGCAUCAUGCGCCCUGUGGGCACCAUCGACUUUUAUCCCAACGCUGGCACUAGGCGGCAGCCGGGAUGUUCACCAAAGUUCAUCUUGAUCAACGAUCUAUGCAGCCACCAUCGAUCCUUCAUGAUGUAUGCAGAGUCCCUGAUGACGCCAGUGGCAUUCCCCGCUGUCUGGUGCACGUCCUGGAUGGAGUUUACGAGCGGAAACUGCAACAACACUCGAACUGCAUAUAUGGGGAUCCUUGCGACAACUGACAGCAAUACUCGUGGUUCUUACUUCCUUCGUACUGGUACAUCCUUUCCUUUCGGCCUGGGGAAAGAAGGCAUCUAUGUUCCACAACUUCCAACUACAGCAAGACCUCUGCCAGAGAAUGAAAUCAGAGGGCACAGUGGUUGACUUCAACAGUUCUGUGAGGUGAAAAAUACUAAGCAAUGUAUCAAUGCUGUUAACUCGUUAUAAUGCUAGAUGUAAGAACUUUUGU